AUGGCGGCGCAGGUCCCGGCUACAUUGCCCCUACCAUCCUCUCUCUUGGGGCAGGCCGCAACUCAGUUUGAUCAUUUCGAAAUAAGUCCUCCCCGUCACCCAUUGAAUGGUCCAGUCACACAGUUCCUACGACAGCACCUUUCUUUCCUCGUGCCAAGUCACAGUCACAUACCGCCAGUCGUUGAAGUCGUACCAGGGCGGAAGUUCACUCGGUUAGCUGCUGUAAAUCUACCAGAAUACAAGAAAGUGAACGACACCCGACAUCCACCUCAGGCUGGGGUGCCGGAGGAUAUCGACUCAUCUGACGUCGAUUCUCUCCCAGACGUGCAUUGGUGCAAGGCGUUGCUGUGCUACUAUUCGUGCUGGUCUCAUGGCAGACUGAGGGUGCCUCCUCGAUGGCGCUUGGAGCGUGUUAAUACACCCCGCCAAGAUGGCACGACAAACACUAGUGGUAGCGGUAGUGGUGCUCAUGCUCGCAGUCUCACCUUCACGUACUUCAUUUCAUACUAUCUGCUACUUGAUCGAGAACGAACGACUUCGUCUGUUCACCCCGCCAGGGUCAAGCUCUUGGAUGCUGCAUGUCAGUUAGCAGUACAUUUAAGAACGCCAGGCCUUACUGCCAUGCGAAACAGCGGGUUUCUUCGUUACAUGAUCGAUGAGCCGCUGGCAGAAAUAUCCAUCAUUGCACUGGCCAUGCUGUCUCGAGAUCUUGAUGAUUUGGCUCGUACCCUGAGUGGUACAUACAUGAACCAAUGGUACAACUUGUUCAUCCUUACGCACAAAUCACCAGUGCAUAUUAGAAGGGGUCAUGUUUUGUUCUGA